CGUGGGAUGUUAGCGGUGGGGGCAAUGGAGGGCACCCGGCAGAGCGCGUUCCUGCUCAGCAGCCCGCCCCUGGCCGCCCUGCACAGCAUGGCCGAAAUGAAGACCCCGCUGUACCCUGCCGCGUACCCCCCACUGCCCGCUGGCCCCCCUUCCUCCUCGUCCUCCUCGUCCUCCUCAUCGUCGCCCUCCCCGCCUUUGGGCGCCCACAACCCAGGCAGUCUGAAGCCCCCGGCCGCGGGGGGGCUCUCGUCCCUGGGCAGCCCCCCGCAGCAGCUCUCGGCCGCCACCCCACACGGCAUCAACGACAUCCUGAGCCGGCCCUCCAUGCCCGUGGCCUCAGGGGCCGCCCUGCCCUCCGCCUCGCCCUCCGGUUCCUCCUCCUCCUCUUCCUCGUCCACCUCCGCUUCCUCCGCUUCGGCUGCUGCCGCCGCGGCCGCGGCCGCCGCCGCCGCCGCCUCAUCGCCAGCGGGGCUGCUGGCCGGCCUGCCCCGCUUCAGCAGCCUGAGCCCGCCGCCGCCGCCGCCCGGGCUCUACUUCAGCCCCAGCGCCGCUGCCGUGGCCGCCGUGGGUCGGUACCCCAAGCCGCUAGCCGAGCUGCCCGGCCGGACGCCCAUCUUCUGGCCAGGAGUGAUGCAGAGCCCGCCCUGGAGGGACGCGCGCCUGGCCUGCACCCCUCAUCAAGGAUCCAUUUUGUUGGACAAAGACGGGAAGAGAAAACACACGAGACCCACCUUCUCGGGCCAGCAGAUCUUCGCCCUGGAGAAGACUUUCGAACAAACGAAAUACUUGGCGGGGCCCGAGAGGGCUCGCUUGGCCUAUUCAUUGGGGAUGACGGAGAGUCAGGUCAAGGUCUGGUUCCAGAACCGCCGGACCAAGUGGAGGAAGAAGCACGCGGCCGAGAUGGCCACGGCCAAGAAGAAGCAGGACUCGGAGACCGAACGGCUCAAGGGGGCCUCGGAGAACGAGGAGGAGGACGACGACUACAACAAGCCCCUGGACCCCAACUCGGACGACGAGAAGAUCACGCAGCUGCUGAAGAAGCACAAGUCCGGCGGCGGCGGCGGCGGCGGCGGCGGGCUCCUGCUGCACGCGGCCGAGGGCGAGGGCGCGUCCUGA